AUGUUACCAAAUUUUCAGCAUUUAUCACCGAUUCGUUUAAUUAAAGAAAAAGUAAUAGUCUUAUCUAUCAUAUCAAAGAAAAAAAUUAAGUUUACAGAAAGAAUUAAUAAAAAGAAUAUGGAUUUAAAUGAGACUUUAGCACGACUCUUGCUCGGUUAUACCAAUAAUAGUUGUCGAAAAAAUAUUAAGUGCAGUUUCGAUAACCUUAUAAGUAAAAACUUCUGAUGCAAAAGAGGCAAAUUCAAAAAGGAUUACUUAAGAUGCAAGCUUAUCAGAGGCCAUAAAAGACUAAUGAGACAGAUGAAAGUUGGAAGGGUUCCUAAAAAAGGACUAAACUGCUACGAUGAGACGCUAUCUUCAUCUCAAGAGCUUUUCCAGCGUCUGAAAGACUGCUACAACGAGGACAAGCCAAAAUUCAAUAAAAUAAGCAAGACAGAAAACGGUCCAAUCACUGACGGAAAUGAUAAAAACCCAAAUUCAAGAUCAGUAAAUAGCUUCAAUAAAGGCUUUUGCAAAGGUUAUUUCGAAGACCCAAUUGUGAGAAGAUCCUAUUAUUAUUAUACAGAAUAUCUUUUUUCAAAUUUAGAUCCUGAGGUUUUAUGCAAAAAAUUUGAAAUUAAUUGUUGCGAGAGUGAACAGCAUGAAUGUUAUUGCAGUUUGAAAUGGACAAUUAUGAAAACUUACAUCAGCCAAUCUUUAAUUAAGGAAAUUGAUCUGGAGCCUUGGAAACCUGAAAAUCCAUGCUCUAUAGUACUCCCAGAUAUCUCCAGGAUGAUGUUGCCUUUUUGCUAA